ACAAUAUCAGGAGACUGGGGCUGGAUGACAUAUCCAUCACACGGGUGGGAUGCAAUUAACGAAAUGGACGAAUACUUCAGCCCCAUUCAUACGUACCAGGUGUGCAAUGUCAUGAGCCCCAACCAGAACAACUGGCUCCGUACCAAAUGGAUCCAACGCAGCGGUGCUCACCGAGUCUACGUGGAGAUCAAGUUCACGCUCCGUGACUGCAACAGCAUGCCGGGCGUUCUAGGUACGUGCAAGGAGACCUUCAACCUCCACUACUCUGAGACGGAGCGUGACGUUGGAACCAGCCUCCGAGAGAACCAGUUCUCCAAGAUCGACACCAUCGCAGCCGACGAGAGCUUUACCAAUGUGGACCUGGGAGUGAGGAGGCUUAAGCUGAACACAGAGGUGCGCAGUGUAGGGCCUCUAAGCAAGCGCGGCUUCUACUUGGCCUUUCAGGACAUCGGUGCCUGCAUCGCCGUCGUCUCGGUGCGAGUCUACUACAAGAAAUGCACAGGCCUGGCGAGGAACCUGGCUGUGUUUACGGACGUGGUCACGGGGGCGGAUUCCUCGUCCCUGGUAGAGGUCAGAGGUCAGUGCGUGGACCAUGCCGAGGAGAAGGACACUCCCAAGAUGUACUGCAGCGCUGAGGGGGAGUGGCUCGUUCCUAUUGGACGGUGUGUGUGCAGUGCUGGGUUUGAGGAACACAGAGAGGCUUGUAUUGGUAAGUGGCCUGGGUUUUUUUUUUUUUUUUACACAAAUGCAAAGACAUUUUCAAACUGCAGACGUGAACAUUGAAUAAAUUCCAAUCUAAUGUAAAUAAUCAGAUAAAUAAAGAAACACAUCCAUUAGAAUUGGAAUAUAUACAUUUUCUUUAAAUAUGUAUUCCUACUCAAACAGUGAAUUAGUAUGAGUAGUCAUAUACAUGUGUGUGUGUGUGUGUGUGUGUG